CAGGUCUGGCGGGAAGACAGGUGUAGGUCUACGAGUCUGCAGUGCAGGACUGGAGUGCACUAGUGUACCUGCUAAAAUAUCCGCGGUGGUAGCGUCAAUCGCAGCAUAUCAGAGAAUUGGAGAUGAAGAACAGUGCUUCAGUAACCGCUAAUUGCUAAAAUUAUUAGUACGACUUCAACUAAUGGGCUUGUUUUCAGGAGAAGGAAAGAAGCGUCCCCAAACCACUGGUCAUCAUGACUAAAUCGGCAGUGCUGCAGCUGCUGUUUGCAGCUACGCUUCUAGUCGAAAUAUCAGACCAGACGAUGGCAUUGGACUCCACGACCUCUGGCGCAGCGAAAUGGUCUUUGCCCGAUUGGUUCCUGCAGCAGUUCGUGGAGACGCCGAGCAUUCCCAGCCCGUACGGCGUCAACAUUCACAUCCACACCCGACCCAGAGACGGCGAAAUAGCCAUGCUGGCCGCGUCCGGCGUGAAAUGGGUGCGAAUGGACCUGAGCUGGGACGCGACGGAGCUGCAGAAAGGCGUGUACAACUUCACAGACUACGAUCUGCUCAUGACCGUGUUGACGAGGUACGACCUCGGGAUGAUUUUCAUUCUGGACUACGCGAAUCCGCUGUACGAUGAUGGCCUCUCUCCACACACUGAGGAGGCGUUCGCAGCGUUCUCCAACUGGGCCUUCAACGCCGCGUCGAACUUUCUCAACCUGCGCAUCAUGUACGAGAUCUACAAUGAGCCCAACAUCGGAUUCUGGAAGCCCAAACCGAACGUGCAGGAUUACGUCAAGUUCGCACUGUUCGUCUCCGCCUUCCUAAAGGAGCAUGUCGAAAGGGUAGUGCUGAUCGGUCCGGCCACGUCACACGUCGAUUUCCAGUUCAUCGAGCAGUGCAUCGGCGCCGGUCUGCUGACGUACUGGGACGCCGUCAGCGUGCAUCCGUACCGUGACACCGACCCGGAGGAUUCCGCCAUCGACUUUGCCAACCUGCGCAAGCUAAUCAACGCAUCAGCACCCGCAGGCAAGGUGGCGAUGCCAAUCAUCUCGUCAGAGUGGGGCUACUCGACACGCUAUCAUGGGUUUGAUGUAGACCGGCAAGCCAAGAGCUUAGCUCGCAUGUGGCUGAGCAACAUCAUGAACAACAUCUCCCUGUCGAUCUGGUAUGACUGGCAGAACGACGGCACCAACCAGACUUACGUGGAGGAUCACUUUGGCAUGGUGUACAACAAGUUCUACCCGGGGAGAACUCCUGUGCAUGAUCCCAAGCCAGCAUACCAUGCAGCACAGACCCUCACCACUAUUCUUCAUGGCCUGAAAUUUGAGCAGCGUUUGCCGGUCACGAGCAGCAUUGGCAACAAGAGCGAACUGUACGCGCUGGUGUUUUCCGCUCCGGAGAUGACCGUCCGUAAGAAUACCUACUCUGUGGUGGAACCUGAUCAGGGAGUUGCGAGUCAGGACAGUGGAAUUGCACGUUCUGCGAGGGUUGAGAGACAGCAUGGAGCAGGGCAAGCAGCCGGACGAGAUCAAGCUGUCAGUGGUGAUGCAGUCGGGGGAGAUCAUGAUGUCAGUAAUGAUGACGUCGGGGGAGAUCACGAUGCUAGUAAUGAUGAUACAGCCGGCGCUCCAUGGCCGAUACAGCGUAACCUGGUGGCAUGGUGCUCCAACGCUACCCUAAUCCCGUGCCAGAUGACGGUGCGCUUCGGUGAGCCCAAAGCGUGCUACCUUCUCGUGGACUACACGGGACAGGAACUACCGCAGCUGUGUGCGGACGUCAACUCAGAGUUGACGUUCUCCGCGGACACCGGCCCCCUUUACUUCAUCUACGCCCAGACUUACCCUGAGCAGAAUAGUACCGCUCGUGGACGACGCUAAACAUACGGCUCCUGUGCGUGCCUGCAGUUUCAUGGAUUUUGAGUAUAGUGAUACAUGCCUACAUCCUCUAUACAGUCAGACCUCGCAUAACCGCACACAUUCGUUUUCCAGCAAAACAUCCGGAUAGGCGAGGGAACCGGAUAAUCGAACACACAUACUGUAUGUAUGCAUGGCAUAUGCUGUAAAUCGGUAACCAACCAUUUUCUACCGGAUGGCGAGGGAUCCGGAUAAACGAGGACCGGAUAAACGAGGUCUGACUGUACUUGUGUCCUGGUAUGCGAUGUCAUAAAAAAAUUGGACUUGUCAUGAAAGCAACGUUACAUACCGUAUUUCCUCGAUUAAUGGACCAUGCUCGAAUAAUAGACCAUGCUCAAAUAGUAGACCCUCCUAUGGGCAUCACGGAAAAAUAGUAGACCAUGCCCGAAUUAGAGACCCGGUCUCUUAUUUGAGUUCAUCGCUUUGCGCAUGCGCACUAAGAAAGCACGUGGUGGAUCAAAAAAGGACGCGAUUUUAGGUUGCGCAACUACAAUUUUUGUAGUGGCUAGUGCUUUCUUUCAUUAUAUGAGCACGGUCCACUAUUAUUUUCAUCUGCACAUCGCUGGAAA